UACUGGAACUGGAGUGGAUAGGCCUAGUGGAUAUCUCAACUAAAUAAAAGGUGUUGUUGAUUCUUAAUUCUCUCCAAUCCGAAAAUGAAAGAAGAUAAACAAAAGCUUCAUAACCAAGAAAACCCCAGUGAUGAUGACAGCUCUUCAUCGUCAGAAGAAGAUGAAAACGCCGAACUGUUGACAGAAGAACUCGAAGAUGGGUUUUACAAGGUUCUCAGCCACCUAAAGAAAAAGGGAUCAAAGCUGUAUGAUGAAGGAAUAAGAUUUUUUCCUGCCAACUCCGCAGACGAAGAUAAGCAGAAUUCAGACAAAGGAUCAUCAACUCCAAAGUCUCUGAAAGAAUACAGGGACUGGUUAAGAGGACAGAAAGAACACGUUGGAAAUGAACAAGUUAAAAAUGAUUUGGAUGCUCUGCACAAUUUCUGGACUAAUCCUACUCUCAAUAAGGAUGAACAGUUUCUCCGUGAUUAUAUUUUAAAUAAGAAAUUCUUAGAACCUGACGAUAAUUUUAACCUUGAAGAAGAAUUAAAGAAGUUGAACGAUGAAGAAGAGGAAAUUGAGAAAGAGUUUCUAUACGAGCACAAAUAUAAUUGUAGGUUUGAAAAUGGAGAGGAAGAUCAGCCCACUAAACACAAAUCUAAAACCAAAAAGAAGAAAAAGAAAGGAGACAUUUCCAUAGAAGAAAGUGACGACACAUUAAAGAACCAAAGCCAUAAUGAUAGCGUUCAAGAUGCAAGUAAUGUGGAGGAAUCAACCGCAGAUUCAACAAACAAAAAGAGAAAAAAGAAAAGGAAAAGAUCCCUUGAGAAUCAAUCACUCGAAGAAACAGAGGGUGUUGUAGAGGGAGAACAACACAUCAAAACAGAGAAGAAUAGCAAAAGAAUCAGGCUUGGAGAGAAAAAUAAAAAUAAAGUCAAAACCAAUGAAGAAAGUCCAGCGUCAGAAGUAAUCACUGAAAGUUUGCCAGAAAAAUCAAAAAGGAAAUUGGAAAAUGUUGAUAAUGAAAACACUACUGUUAAGAGCUAUCAAAACAUUCCAAGGAAUCUACAAAUGAAAAACUCCAAAGGGAAACUGAAAAUGAGGCACCGGAACAGGAAUAAGGAACAAUGGGUGAUAAAGAAAAGUACUUCAAGUUCCACCAAAGAUGGUAACCUUCAAACAGUUGAUAUCAAACACAAGCAAAAUAAAGUGAAUAAAAUGUCCAAUGGUCACAAGUUUGUUGGAGAUUCAAAUGCGAAGAAAUUUAAAUCAAAGGAAAACAAACAUUUCCAGGAUCUCAUUGUAAAAGAAAAGAAAAAUAAGCAGAAAAAAUUACGCAAAAUACGUUCCAAGAAGCAAAAAGCAGCUAAUGUUCUUAGUAAAAGAUGAAUUUUAGAUGGUGGAAAAAAGCACAAAUGUAAAUAUCAGUGAAUGUUAAUUGUUUGUUCUUUGAACGGAAAAAAGUUAAAACAUUUUCAUUAC